GUUGGAGGAGGGUUACUCACGUGAUGGGGGUAGAGGGUCCUAUACUCUAACGUAAACACCAUCACCAGCAGUGGCACCAACCAGUUACAACAACAACUAUUCGCCCCAUUUCAGCAAUCACUCGUCACUCUUAUCUCUUCCAGUGGGAUUCGUUUGUCUUCUCACAUCCAUCACCCUGGAUAUGUCGCAAAAGAAGGGGAAGGCAGACAAAAAGCCUUGUAACGAUGAUGGCGCUGCGUUGAUUCUCGACUAUCUUCGGAAGCAAAAUCGCCCGUAUUCGGCGAUUGAUAUAUCGUCAAAUUUGCACAACAAGGUCACCAAGGCGUAUGCCGCAAAAGCCCUACGUGAAUUACAUCAAAAUAAAGAGGUUGAAGGACGGGUAGCUGGGAAACAAACAGUUUACCAUGCUCUGCAGGAUUCAUCUGAUGAAGCCACGACCGGAGUCAUAGCGAACCUAGACGAGGAAAUCAAGCAAUUAGAAGAAAACCUUACAACCCUGAAAAAUAAUGAAAAGAACGCGCGAGCUGAGCUGGUCACUAUUCGCUCCAAACCUUUGCUCUCCGAACUCCGACAGGAUAUCGACCGACUCGAGAAAGAGAAGGACUCAAUGCUUGCACGACUGGACGAAUUUCACGGACGUGACUCGUCGGUGCAGGUAUCACCGAAGGAACAAGCUGAAGUUGAACGAGAAUGGAAACGUUGGCAGAAACAGGUAAUUGUGCGUCGCCGUAUAUGCCGUGAUAUGUGGAUGAAAUGUUCGGAGGUUGUGUCUGAAGGAAUGACUCGUGAGGAGUUAUGGGAAUCCUUGGGACUCGAGGGUGAUUGCAAAUGGUAGGAACAACGUUGAUGCUCGUUUCUCGAUAUGAUGAAGUGAUAUACAGUAUGGAGAUGGAGUACAUAAAGCCGAGGUAUGGAUCCCCAAACCCCGCUGUGGCCUGCAUUGGCAUAGAAGGAUUACUCCAUAUUCUGUAU